AUGGCCGCCUUUACUGCACUUAAUGGGAGUGAAGCCCAGUCAGCAGUCAACCCAAGCGGUAGUCCUACAUCAAAGCCAGCGGAGUCUGAGGAGCGUGGUGGCACUAUAACAAGCCAGGAUCAUAGGACGCCUGCAGAUGGUCUGCCUAAUACACGAGAGCAAUGGUCCGGGGAGAAUGCAGAGAGAGCUGCCUAUCAGGCCACGGACUAUGCUACUUAUGACGGAGUCCAUAAGCGCAAGCGGUCCACAUCCAUAGAACCGCGUAGGGAUGGCCAAGGCCCUUCAGAUGAGCACAACGCCUCCCACCACCGCUCCAAUUCGCAUGAUACAUAUGGACCGCAACAGCGGGGCCGGGAUCACAGACCGUAUGGUGACGAAAGCAGGGAAGAAUCAUGGUACUCGCAGUCGCAGUCUCAAUCACAAAGAGAUGGAAGGAGUACGUAUGACCAGCAGCACUCGGUAGCCUCGCAAAAUGAAGAGCUUGCGGAUAGGAGGGCCCAGGAAGCGGCAGACUCGCAAAAUGAUUACUCGCCCACAAGCCCUGAUGAUGGGGACGAUUCAGCGUACUACGGCGGACCGUACACAUCACAGCAAAUAAGAGAUGGGGCUGUUCAGUCUGACCCGAAGAAGAGAAAGCGAAAUUUCAGCAAUAGAACGAAAACAGGCUGCCUGACAUGCCGUAAAAGGAAGAAGAAGUGCGAUGAAUUGAAGCCUGAAUGUAACAACUGCCUUCGGGGAGGCUUCAUUUGUCAGGGGUAUCCCAACCAGCGAGGAUACCAAAAAGCCGAAGUCAAGCCCAGCGCCGUACCACUUGAAUCGAAAGAUCCGAGUUAUGUUCCUCCUGGCGCUUACGGGAUGCCACAAGCACAGUCCCCUUAUGUCAAUCCACUGCAGCCCCCAUCAAAGCGGGAGCCGCCGCCUCCCUUUCGGGGACCUUCUUUACGAAUAGAUCCACCGCAAGGCAGGGCCAUUCAAUCAGAGGAUGAACAAACUGCGUCUACGAUCCCGACAGCAUCAGUUUUCAGUCCAGACAACAACAGCAACAACAGCAAACUCUCGGCCGUAUCAACUUACACCACUUCUGCGAACGUGUUCCCUACGCCGAUCAGCGCAAUCAGCUCAGGCACCGUGUUUGGAGAGCACAGAGGAAUGCAGAAGGAAUAUCAGAGGAUACCGCCAUUGCAUGACACAAGUCGCACGGAACCAGAGACUCCCCAUCCCGGAAACCCUCUGCCGCAGAUCAACAUUCUUCAUCCCACACGGACUAGUAGUCCCGCUCGGCCACCGCAACUUUCUACAAAUAAUCCACAAGUAGCUGCCCAGCUUGCUCUAUCCCACAAUCACCUGACUUCUGCAAGCAGACUUCCCACACAGAAAGAGCUCAUGCUGCGAGGAGAGUCAUACAAGCCGUUCGAUAAAGAACUUGUAUUGGAACGAGAGAGAUGCAGCGCUGCUUGCUGGAGGUUUAACAACUCAACGAACCCAAACAACGGCGUAUCGGCCACUGAACGCGGCCGGCUAUUUCGCGAAAUCCUGAUGCCCAAAGAUCCGAUACAUCUAUCGCCUACCCAGACUUCGCCUGUAACCAACCAAGGCCGAGUCGGAGUCGAAUGCGUGGUAGAAGCGCCUUUUACGUGCGAUUAUGGCUAUAAUAUAACGAUUGGCGACAACGUAUUCAUUGGGCGAAACUGUACGGUUCUAGAUGCUCGCAAUGUUACAAUUGGUAAGAACGUCUACAUCGGGCCCAAUGUGAGCAUCUUUACCGCCACCCUCAACACCGACUACACCAAGCGCCAAGGUAGCAAAAGCUCUCAGCACGGCAAGCCCAUCAUCAUUGAGGACGAGGUUUUCAUCGGGGGUGGAGUCAUCAUUCUUCCUGGUCGCCGCAUUGGAAAAGGAUCUACGGUUGCAGCGGGCUCCGUAGUUACUGAGGACGUUCCGAAUUGGGUUGUAUCCUCAGGAAACCCUAAUAAAACAAAGAGAGGCGCUGUACAUUAA